CGUCAACGCGUCAGCUGGCCGAAUGUUUACAUCCAGCACUGGUGUGUUUCCGACAGGAUCCCCCAACAACAAAAGGCUGAACAGAAGGAAAGCACUAAGCCAGAGAAUAUCAGUCGGCAUUUCUCCAAGUCAAGAUGGGUGGAGCUGUGAGUGCCGGUGAGGACAACGACGACUUGAUUGACAACCUGAAGGAGGCCUACUACAUCCGCUCAGACCUGGUGGAGCGGGCUUUUCGAGCCAUUGACCGGGCUGACUAUUACCUGGACGAAUAUAGGGAUAAUGCUUACAAGGAUUUGGCAUGGCGGCAUGGAAACAUCCAUCUGUCUGCUCCGUGUAUCUACUCUGAGGUGAUGGAGGCCUUGGAUCUCCACCCCGGCCUCUCCUUCCUCAACCUUGGCAGUGGGACUGGCUACCUCAGCACCAUGGUUGGCCUCAUACUGGGACCAUUUGGAGUGAAUCAUGGAAUAGAGUUACAUGCCGAUGUAAUUGAGUAUGCCUACCAGAAGCUCGACUCCUUUAUCAAAACCAGCGACAGCUUUGACAAGUUUGAGUUCUGUGAGCCGUCCUUUGUUGUGGGGAACUGCCUGGAGAUCCCCCCAGAGAGCCGUCAGUAUGACAGGGUGUACUGUGGGGCCGGGGUGCAGAAGGAGCAUGAGGAUUACAUGAAGAACCUGCUCAAGUUAGGGGGCAUCCUCGUGAUGCCUCUGGAGGAAAAGUUGACCAAGAUCACACGUACAGGGCCAAACAGCUGGGAGACCAAAAAGAUCAUUUCUGUGUCCUUUGCUCCUCUGGUGCUGCCUAAACACAGCACAAAUGGCAAACCCAAGACUGUCCCACUACGUGAGUCUCCUUUGUUUAAAUUCGAAAAUACAAAUAAGUAUGAAUAUUGAUACAAUAAUAUGAAAAGUAUGAAUAUUGAUAUCAGUAUGUUAUGUCUAAUUGACCUUUCUUAAGCUCCAAUAAAGUGCUGCAGGAAUGAGUCCUAAAAUCCAGGACUCCUUGAAGUCAGUAGAUA